UUAAUCCAUCACAACAACAGAAACAGAUUCACCCUCUCUCAACUCCAUCCGGAGCCCCAGCGCAGAUUUGGAUCCAUGGCGGAGAUUCAGAAGCACCACAAGCCACAGAAAGACGAAGACGAAGACAAAGACAAGGCCAAGACGUGCAAGAGGUGCAAACUCAGCUACGCUCCUUCCUCUAACCAUUCCUCCGCCUGCCGCUUUCACCCUUCCUUCUUCGUCUCCCGUCGCCACGACGACCAACGCAGGUACUAUGAGUUGGGACCUGAUGAUCCCCCUUAUGCUGCCAAGUUCUACGACUGUUGUGGUGCAGAGGACCCCGAAGCUCCUGGCUGCACAACUAGCACCCACGUCUCUUAUGAUGACGAUUAGGACGGCCAAUCACAUAUGGGCGUGGUAGGAUUGCGUUAAGCAUGGGAAAUGGGACUCUGAAGUGAAUGUUGGAUGUUCAUCCGAUUGUGCAAGAGGGUCAAUUCCUAGUACGCUUGCUUGAUGAGGAAAAAGGGGCAACAACAAGAUGGAUGAUGGAUGGUCCCUUACCUUCUGCUUUAGUAGAUUGAUGGCGAUUAUUGGGGUGUUGGGUGAUGUUAGCUCGUAUUUGAAGCUAACUGGUGUCAUCCCUUUGGGUUUACUUGCUUUGGAUCAAAGCAAACAUGAAUUGUUGGAAAUGAAGGCUUCGGAUCUAUAGCUGCAUCUUCCUGUCCGCGAUGACCAUAGUUGUUUUCCGAAUGGACUGAUGAUUGCUCCUCGACGUGUCUGAUUGCCACGAAUUCUCCACGUGAAUCUCUGUUUAGCCUUUUUUACCUUUCUAGUGGAUCAAGUCCCGUGGAAAUGGUAAUACACAGACCCGAUGCCAUGAAUGAGGUGUAGGCUGGUGGGAUGCACAAAGUACAGUUGUACGAAAGAAAGA